AUGGCAGUGGGGAGCCGUUCCGCAUUGAUUUUGGUGACAGUUUCAUUCGUUUUGUGGGUUUCGGGUGCAAGCGCCGAAGUGCUAUUCAAGAUCAGCGAUUCGAACCGGAGUCCGGCGACGGCCGUCGUCUUGCGACCGAGGGAGAAACAAACGGUCGAAGCCGAAUGCCCGGAUGAAGUUUCAUUCGUGCUCUUCCAAGCCCACACCAAGUACGGAGCCAACGUCACGCUAUCGUACGACGAGUACCCCCGCGGCAACAACAGUCACAGCUCGCGGAACGCCGGUUUGCUCCGGCCGUGCUCGGACGCGAGAGUGUUCCUCAUCAACGAGCAGACCUCCAGAAAUUUGACUGUUCUCUUGAUAGCGGUCGGUUACAGCAAAGUUGACCCCACUCCGGGCGGCUGUAACAUGGAGUUUCCUGUGAGGGUAGCCCCGUACCUCAGACUGAAUCUCUACUCACCAACGGAGAUCAGCAUCGACUUCCAGCACGCCCGCGCAGGCAGCUUGGCCACGGACAAGGCCACUUGCCAGGAGAGUUUUUCCGCGCUCCGUUACGAAAUCUAUCUCUACUACAUGGGUCACAACGAGGACUACCACAAGGCCCUGCAGCUGAUGAGCGAUGCCCACAAGAUUCGCAAACACGCGACCAGAGUCCACGCCACGCUGGAUUCACCGAAAACGAGGAAUAUCUUCGUCGCGUAUCCGCAGAAUCGCGCGAUUUACGGCGUGGUCGUCACGCAGAUCUAUCGCAGUGGGUACUCCACCGCCGCCGCUUACGUGCCCGUAGCGACCCUGGGCUGCGGCGAUUAUCCUUUCUUGGCGGCAUGCCGGACAUCGACGGGUUCGGUGAUAGCGUUGGCCGUUUUUACCGCCAUGGCAUUGUGCAUGGCUCUUGCAGGACACCGUUUCCUCAAGACCCAGAUCGCCUUGGCAGCGUUCGUGCUCAGCCUCCUGGUGUUCGAACCCCUGAUGGACCCCGUUGCGAGCGUGGCCCUGGCCGCAUCCGUCGCAACACUAUUCCUGGGCAUUUGGUUCUUUUUCGGGAUCCCAGUGAUCGCCGUGAUCCCCUCUGGUUUUCUGCUGGGUCUUCUGAUCACGGCGAUAUUCUUCUUCACGCCCGUUGGAAAUCUGUUCAUAUUCAGGUCUGUGUUCGCUUAUCGAACGGUCACGAUUUGCACGAUGUUGAGCAUAACCGCGCUGCUUCUACCCACCACGCAGCUUCUGAGCAUCGUAGCCUCCGCCGUCGUCGGAUCCUUCAGCAGUCUGUACGCUGUGGACAGAGUUUUCCUCCAUUCGACCUUCUCGAAGAUUGUCGACGUUGCCAGGGCCCGCUUCGAGGCAACAACAUCCAUCCAUACUCACAAUCAAGUACCGUUCGCCGUAAUCGACGUCAUUCUCAUCUGUAUAUGGCUCGUCCUUUCGCUGACCGGUAUCGUUGUCCAAUACAAGGAUACUCUCGAAACGGACCGAGAAUUCCCAGUGGCUCCGGUCAAGCUGCUGAAGCGCUACCUCAAGCGCAGAAAACGUGGACGUCUCAUCUGCACUUGUGCUAGCCGGUACGACGACACGUCGUUCCUCAUGAACGACAACGACGACGAAUUACCGUCGCCUGGCUACAGCACUUUCCAUGGACGGAACAUCCUAAUUUAG